GAGUCUCUUCCCGCCAAACCCUAACCAGAAUGGUUCUGAAAUUCCACCAACAGAUCGUCGGAGAUCUGGUGGAUGACCCUAACGGCGGCCUGGUGAUCCUCUCCUCCGGUCUCUCUCUCCCUAAACUCCUCUCCAGUUUCCUCUCCCUCCACGACUCCUCCCGCGGCUCCCUCCUCCUCCUUCACUCCCCUCACCAUUCCUCCUCACUCAAGUCUCUCCUCCUUUCGUUCUCCCCAGACCUCCCUCUCUCUGAUAUCACCGCUGAUCUCCCCUACACCCAUCGCCUUUCCCUCUACUCCUCUGGACGCAUCCUCCUUGUCUCCCCUCGUAUCCUCAUCGUUGACCUGUUGACCAACAAGGCUCCUGCGUCUCUCAUUUCCGGACUCAUUUUCCUCAGCACUCACUCCCUCUCUGAAAGCUCUACGGAAUCCUUCAUAGUGAGAAUUCUUAAGUCCUUCAAAAAGGAUGCCUCCGUCUAUGCCUUCUCCGAUAAACCUCACGCCAUGGUUUCGGGGUUUGCCAAGACUGAGAGGAUAAUGAAGAGCUUGUUUAUAAAGAAACUGCACCUCUGGCCGAGGUUCCAGGUCAAUGUGUCGGAUGAGCUGGAGAGGGAUCCACCGGAAGUGAUUGAUAUAAGGGUUCCCAUGAGCAAGUAUAUGGUGGGGAUUCAGGGGGCGAUUGUAGAGGUCAUGGAUGCGUGCUUGAAGGAGAUGAGAAAGACCAACAAGGUUGAUGUUGAGGAUCUGACAGUGGAGAACGGGUUGUUCAAGUCUUUUGAUGAGAUUGUGAGGAGGCAGUUAGACCCCAUCUGGCAUACUUUGGGAAAGAAGACUAAGCAGCUUGUCUCGGAUUUGAAGACAUUGAGGAAGCUGUUGGAUUAUCUUGUUAGGUAUGAUGCGGUGAGUUUUUUGAAGUAUUUGGAUACCCUUAGAGUGUCAGAAAGUUUUCGCUCUGUUUGGAUAUUUGCAGAGUCCAGUUAUAAGAUAUUUGACUAUGCAAAGAAGCGAGUUUAUCGUUUUGGGAGGUCAGAUGGCAAAAUUAAUGCAAAGACUAAAAUCAAGUCUAGCAAAAAGAGAAAAUUGAAGGAGGAUGAUGAUAAUGGGGAAGAAGCAAUCAGUAGUUCUUCCACAACAAGUAUGAAUACUUCAGUUCUGGAAGAAGUCUUGGAAGAGUCACCAAAAUGGAAGGUGUUGCGUGAUGUUCUUGAGGAGAUAGAAGAAGAAAGACAAAAACAAGCUUUGUCAACGGAACUUUUGUUUGAUGGUGAAGAGGAUAACAAUGGCAUUGUUUUAGUGGCAUGCAAAGAUGAACGUUCAUGCAUGCAACUUGAAGAUUGCAUUAGUAACACCCCACAAAAGGUCAUGCGGGAUGAAUGGGAGAAGUACUUAUUGAGCAAAGUGGAGCUGCGUGGUGUUCAAACACCUCAGAAAAAAAAACCUAAGGCUCCCAAAGGUUAUGGGAUUCUUGAUGGUGUUAUUCCUGUUAUAACUGCCCAGAAUACAGAAGCUAGCAGUGCAUGCAAGCAGGAACAUGAAGCUUUGAUGGCAGCAGCAUCCAAGAUAAAAAACUUGGCCAAAAAACAGUCUGAUGCCACUGUUGAUACUGAGCCUCAAGUUGGCAGCAGUCGACAAGGGAAAGGGAGAGCAAAAGUGAAGAAAAAGAAAGUUCCAGCUAAUGUACAGCAAUCUGGAGAUGGGGAUAACUGUAAUAAUACCAAGCCAUAUAUAGAUAAUCAGUCCAAAAUAUCUGAUUUAGAAAAUGAAGUCGAAAAGAAUGGAAUAAAUCCUGCUAUUCAAAAUGGGGUUCUUGAGAAGCAUGUUAUGAGGGUUAAUGCUGCAAAAGAUGGAGAUUCUAAGCAAUUACCACUGGUGUACUUUCAUGCUCUGGAAAGUGAUCGGCCUAUACUUGACAUUUUGAAGCCAUCUGUAAUUAUUGUUUACCAUCCAGAUAUGACCUUUGUCCGAGAAAUUGAAGUCUACAAGGCAGAGAAUCCUGCAAAACAGGUGAAAGUUUAUUUUCUUUUCUAUGAAGAUUCUACUGAAGUCCGAAAGUUUGAAGCAAGCAUACGCAGGGAGAAUGGAGCAUUUGAAUCUUUGAUCAGGCAGAAAUCAAUGAUGAUGAUCCCAGUUGAUCAGGAUGGCUUCUGCCUCAGUUCAAGUUUCUCUCUAGAGCCACAAGCUUCAAGUUCCCAGAACUCGAUAACCAGAAAGGCAGGUGGAAGAAAGGAAGUUGAGAAAGAAAUGCAGGUAAUUGUGGACAUGCGGGAGUUCAUGAGUAGCCUGCCAAAUGUUCUCCAUCAGAAGGGCAUGCGCAUAAUACCAGUUACCUUGGAAGUUGGUGAUUAUAUCCUAUCACCAUUAAUAUGUGUUGAAAGAAAGAGCAUUCAAGAUCUUUUCAUGAGCUUCACUUCAGGUCGCCUUUACCACCAAGUGGAGACCAUGGUUCGAUACUAUAGAAUACCCGUUCUUCUGAUUGAGUUUUCACAAGACAAAAGCUUCUCAUUUCAGUCUGUAAGUGAUAUCGGUGAUGACGUCACACCAAAUAAUAUUAUAUCAAAGCUGUCAUUGCUUGUUCUUCAUUUUCCACGCUUGCGGAUCAUCUGGUCUCGCGGUUUGCAUGCAACUGCAGAAAUAUUUGCUUCACUGAAGGCAAAUCAGGAUGAACCCGAUGAGGCCAGGGCAAUAAGGGUUGGUGUGCCUUCUGAAGAGGGCAUCAUAGAAAACGAUGUGAGAGCUGAGAACUAUAAUACAUCUGCUGUCGAGUUUCUGAGACGACUCCCAGGCGUUACAGAUUCCAACUACAGGGCUAUGAUGGAUGGAUGUAAGAGCUUGGCAGAGCUUGCCCUUCUUCCGGUGGACAGACUUGCUGAACUAAUGGGUGGUCGGAAAGCUGCUCAGACUCUACGAGACUUCCUCGAUGCCAAGUAUCCAACAUUAUUGUAACUAUAGCAAAAUGGACAACUAAACAUCAUUUUUUCGUACGGGCAAAAAAAAAAAAUAUUCUUUCCUUCUUGGACAUGUAAUUGAGAUGUUCUUUCUUUAGUAGUAUCAUCAAUUAGGUGUAAUCGAGCCAAACUGAGCUUGGUUCAACCAAGUUCGAACUCUUAAGUUCAUGACUCUUUCAAUAAGUUGAAUUUAAGCAC